AUGAUCUAUUCAGUGAGAAAGAUUUUGAGGUUACAUCGUAAGUGCAGUGUGUUUGCUCAUUUUAGUCAACGAACUUCAAAUACUGAUGCAAUUAGCCAAGGAAACCAAAAUGAAAGUGAUAACAAGGACUUUAAAACACUCUUACAGCAGUAUAAAGAUAAAAUUGUGUUCAGUUCUUACCUAGAACAUGAGAAGUUGGAACUGGGUUACUUUAAAUAUCAUAUGAGAACUAUUGCAAGAGCAAAAAAAGCAGAAGCUAAAGAACUUGAAGAAAAAACAUUACCACCUCUACCUAUUUCUUUAAAAUACUAUGUAGAUAAAGAUAGACUUUUAAAUGAGGAUUCUAUUGCACCUGCUGAAGACCCACCUAUGAAAGUAUUUCAGUUGCCUUUCUCUAAUACAACUCAAUUUGAUAUAACACAAGAAGAUGUUAAAAUGCCAAAAAAAAUGCAAGAUGAAGAAUCCAAUGCUGAGUUUGAUAAGUCGUCUAUAAACAAAUGGAUGACAAACUAUGAGUAUUUUGAUGAUACACAACUAUCUAAUACAGAGGAUGCUAGUGAUGAUGAAGAUGAAGGCAGCUUUUGGUGCAAAAAUUAUGGCACUCCGGACCCUACAUUACCUAUCAGUCAGGUUCCCUGUGGAGGCUGUGGUGCUCUCCUACAUUGCAACGAGCCUGCAAUCCCUGGAUAUUUACCGAGUGAACUCUUCAAGGAAAGAGGGAUAGAAGAAUUAAAAAAAAUGGAAUGUCAACGAUGUCAUUUUCUCAAAGAGUAUAAUAUUGCUUUAGAUGUGACUGUUCAACCUGAAGAAUAUGAAAAAUUACUCCAAUCUAUCAGGCAUGUAAAAUCAUUGGUACUGCUCAUGGUGGAUUUAUUAGACUUUCCAUGUUCCAUUUGGCCCGGUAUAGUUGAUAUUAUAGGCACUGAUAGACCUAUUAUGAUUGUUGCAAAUAAGGUUGAUUUAUUACCUGGCGACAGUGUCGGCUACCUAAAGAGAAUCAAACAAUCCCUGCUGUCAGAAAUAAGGAAGACCAAGUUAAAAGAAGCCAACAUCAAAUAUAUAGCAUUGAUAUCAGCUAAAACAGGUUAUGGGGUUGAAGAUUUAAUUUCAGCAAUGUUUAAACUAUGGCUGUAUAAGGGCGACGUUUUCCUUGUAGGAUGUACAAAUGUAGGCAAAAGUUCACUUUUUAAUGCUUUACUACAAUCAGAUUACUGUAAGGUUCAUGCCACUGAUAUAGUGAAGAGAGCCACAGUCAGCAGGUGGCCCGGAACUACAUUGAAUCUUUUGAAAUUCCCAAUCAAUAGACCAUCAGGGUGGAAAAUUCGUCAAAGGAGUAAAAGGCUUCAGUCCGAAGCAAAACUACUAAGAAUAGAACGAGAAAUACGUGACGAGCAAUUGUCUGGAAAAAAUAAAACUGAAGGCCCAUCUUUAAUAGGUCACAUUGGUAGAACUUUUACAGAAUAUAAACUUUUUGAUGAUAAUAUUGCAGAGAAACAACAUUCUUUAACUGUGUUGGAUGAAAAUCAUGAACUUUUCAAGAAAAGUAAAUGGUUUUAUGACACUCCCGGCGUCAUUCACCCCGACCAAGUGCUCUCUCUUCUUAGUACUGAAGAGUUGUUACUGACCAUUCCUAAAAAGCUUAUAAAGCCGCAAACAUACUAUUUGCAUAAGGGUUUCACAUUUCUCAUCGCUGGCUUAGCGCGAGUGGACCUUAUUGAUACGGAAGAGCCUUGUCGCUUUACGAUCUUUUGCUCUAUGAGUCUUCCUAUAACCGUUGUAAAGACUGAAAUGGCUGAUGAAAUCUAUAAUAAAUUCGUUGGCUCCGAAUUAUUUGCUGUACCUUCUGGCGGGUCAGAGAGACUACGUAACUGGCCAGGAUUAAGUAGACACGAAAAUGAUUUGGAAUUCAAAGGAGAAGGCCCUAAGGCAUGUUGCGGUGACAUUGUUUUGUCGUCUAUUGGCUGGGUGUCGGUGACUGCGAAGAAGGACACGUGUUGCUCGGUGGCGGCGUGGACGCCGGCGGCGCGCGGCGUGCACCGCCGAUACCCCUCGCUGUUGCCCUUCUCCGUCAAUAUGAAGGGCAAAAGGAUUCGGGACACCCCCGCGUAUAUGACGGGGAAAGUGUUCUCCGAUGAC